CGGGCACAGGAAGCGGAAAGCGGCGGCAGCAGCGACGGCGGCCGCCGCCGGGGGAAGGCGGCGGGUCGGUGCCGGGAACGGCAUGGGGCGGCCGCGGGAGGGAGGUCGAUCGUGAGGAGCCGAGCACCCUCCCUCCCCUCCCCUCUUAUCGGAUUCCUUGUAAGUGAAGCUCGCUCACUCUUUGAGGACCAGACCUCACUGAUGACUGGGAAGCAAAGAGUACCCAGGAAAGCACUUUUACCACGGACUCCACCUCAGGAGCACCAGGAACUCGUCUUCUAAGUAAAAUCUGUGCCCCUUCUGUGCAGACCUGAUGUCUGCUGCAAUGGAUACAGAAUCAACAUAUUCGGGAUACUCCCACUACUCAGGUCACUCCAAAAAAGCCCACAGACAAGGGAGUCGGGACAGGCACAAAUCACCGCGAAGCAAAGACGGCAGUCGGUCUGAGAAGUCCGUCACUAUCCAGACACCUCCUGCAGAGCCGCUGCUUGGGAACGAUGCCUCUCGGGCAGAGGAGGGCCAGGAUGACAACUGGGGUGAGACCACGACAGCAAUCACAGGCACCUCUGAGCACAGUAUUUCCCAGGAGGACAUUGCCCGGAUCAGUAAGGAUCUGGAGGACAGUGUUGGGUUGGACUGCAAACGUUACCUGGGCUUAACAGUGGCAGCUGUUCUCGGACUUCUUGUCUUCCUUACCCCCAUCGCCUUCAUUCUGUUACCCCAGAUCCUGUGGCGGGAUGAUCUGGAGCCGUGUGGUACUGUUUGUGAGGGACUGUUCAUCUCUGUGGCAUUUAAACUCCUCAUUCUUCUGAUUGGGACCUGGGCUCUGUUCUUCCGCCAGCCCAAGGCAGAUAUACCAAGGGUGUUUGUGUUUCGGGCCCUUCUGUUGGUCCUCAUAUUCCUGUUUGUGUUUUCCUACUGGCUCUUUUACGGCGUUCGCAUCUUGGACUCGAAGGACACCAACUACCAAGGAAUAGUACAGUACGCGGUGUCUCUGGUGGAUGCUCUGCUCUUCAUUCACUACCUGGCCAUUGUGCUGCUGGAGCUACGGCAGCUGCAGCCCAUGUUCACUGUCAAGGUAGUUCGGUCAACGGACGGAGAGUCACGAUACUACAGCUUGGGGCACUUGAGCAUCCAGCGAGCUGCACUGGUGGUUCUGGAAAAUUACUACAAAGAUUUCACAGUCUACAACCCAGCCUUGUUAACAGCCUCCAAAUCCCGUGCAGCCAAGCACAUGGCUGGCCUGAAAGUCUACAAUGUUGAUGGCCCAGGGAACAACGCGUCGGGGCAGUCUCGUGCCAUGAUUGCAGCUGCAGCCCGUCGCAGGGACUCCAGUCACAACGAGCUCUACUACGAAGAGGCUGACCACGAGCGUCGAGUGAAAAAACGCCGUGCAAGGCUUGUGGUUGCAGUAGAGGAGGCUUUCACUCACAUCAAACGCCUCCAGGCAGAGGAACAGCAGAAAGCUCCAGGAGAGAUGAUGGACCCCCGAGAAGCAGCCCAGGCAAUCUUUCCGUCCAUGGCAAGAGCUCUGCAGAAGUACCUUCGCACUACCCGCCAGCAACAGUACCACAGCAUGGAGAGCAUCUUGCAACACUUGUCCUUCUGCAUCACCAAUAACAUGACACCAAAGGCAUUCCUGGAGCGUUACCUCAACCCAGGCCCAACCCUCCAGUACGACAGGGAUCGCUGGUUCUCCAAGCAGUGGACUCUUGUCAGUGAGGAAGCGGUCACAAGUGGGUUACAAGACGGCAUUGUGUUUGUGCUCAAGUGCUUGGACUUCAGCCUUGUUGUUAAUGUGAAGAAAAUCCCCUUCAUCAAACUCUCAGAAGAGUUUAUAGACCCUAAAUCGCAUAAAUUUGUCCUCCGCUUACAGUCUGAGACUUCAGUCUAAGGGAUUUUGAGGGUGGGUUGUUUGGGGAUUUUUUUUUUUUUUCAAUAUUGUGCUUUUGGGUUUAAUUUCCCCAAUGCUGACUGAAACUGGCAGAUGAUGGACCAGUAAUAUUUGACCAUCUGCACUUUAUUUGGAAAGGGGAGGGGGGAGUUGGGAUAUCUUAUCUAGAAAGAAAUAUCUUAAGAGGCAACAGGGUGGCUUGGCUCGGUUAGCUCAGCCUUGGAGACAGAACAGAUUUUUUUUUUUUUUUCCCUCCCCCCCUCCCCAGCAUACUGUAAAUCUCACGCUCGCUCUUUCUCCGCACGAUUGCAACGUUGGUAUUUUUGUUGGAGCGCUGCCUUAACGCUGUGUGCGCGCCUGCGCUUUUGCAUCUCUGCUUUCACUACCUGUAGCUGUUUCUGAGAGUGUGUUGCUCACCUCUCCGCUAUAGAAAUCUGCUUCCACGGGGGUGUGGCAGUCCCUGUUCGCUCAGAGAGGAGAGGGUAUCAAAGGGUGGGUGUGAGAGGGCCGCUUCUGUGAGCCACCUAAUCUGGACACUGAAGACUUUUAUUCUUUUCCUCCUCUCCGUGUGCCCUCUUCUGUUGGUGCUGGACUUGUAUGAGCAUAGUGGGAUGGUUUUGCUCUCUGUGUCUCUGUGAAGUUGCUUGUCUUGAAAUGGAUCAGUCCAUCUUGCAGCUGUUCAAAUUUAAUUUUUUUUUUUUUUUUAAACCAGUGCUAGUUAGUGAAACUGUUCUGUGUGACACAGAUCCCGUUUAUCUCUCACCUGCUUCCCUCUGUCCUGCUUGCCUGCAUCUUGGUCGGGCACUCCCACGGCUCCCCAUUUCUGUCCUCUUCUGUCUGGCUUUCCAAAUGGGUUUCUCCAGCCACGGUCCCCUUGGGGUCUGCCUUACCACCGCUUCCUUUUGCACCUGCAAGGGCUGUGUAUUUGCACUGGGACAGGGUAGGUAAGUAGUUGGCUCCUCAGAUAAAUCACAGACCCUCCCUACGUCUGACAGCGUCUUUGAGGGGAAGGGGGGUGCAGGCAGGAAUGUGCCUCUCCCUCUCUAGCCGGCUUCAAGUGUGUCUGGAGGAAAGAUGGGCAAAAGCACUUCCCUCCUUGAGGAGAGGAGCCAGGGAAGGGCCAAUCUCUGCCAUGUGCACUUGCUUUGGAGAACUGCUGUGCUCUGGAAACACUGCAGUGUGUCCUUCCCCACCGUACGCCUUCAGCUAUAGCUAAGAAAUACCAAACUAUGUCCGAAUGUUGAAAACCUGCCUGCCUUUCUUGGCCUUUCUGUACUGCAGGAGCUUCCUCUCGGUGCUGGGAUCUGCUCCUGAGAGAUGCAGUUUUGUUUGUAAGGCUGCCUUUGCCCAUCAGUGCAGCUUUCAUGUGCAACUUUAGUGUCACCUGAGUUUUAUGGGGUUUUGGCAGGUUUGCUUUUAACGAUGAGCCUAAAGCGAUGUCUGAAGUCUGAUUGCUGGCACAGGGCAUCGCAUGACUCCGGAGCCAGCUCCGAGGCUGGCAGUGACCUGCCUUCUGUCAGGUCCCUCCGAGACACCCCCAGCUCUGUGGCAGUGGAUUUGCAAGUGUGAAUGCAAAUGCUCGAUUCAUUCUGCCCGGUCUUUUGCCAUGCAAAUAGCUCUAUCAGGCGGGAUCUGACCUGCUCUCCAUACCGAUGUCUUAACACAGAGGGCCCCAAUUCAGCGAGGUACAUAAGCCAGUGCCUUUCAUUACGAGGGUGCGUUGUCUUCCGAGGAGGGCUGUGACAGCCCCUCCUGUCCCCUUGGCCUUCCCUGGGCUCCUCCAGCAGCUUGUGAGGUUGCUUCCACGCUCCCACCAGCACAAGGUGGGCCGGCUAAGAUUGGGGCUCUUGUUAGUCCUGCGUGGCAUGGCUGGUGUGGGCUGGCUGGUGCCCACCAGAAGCUGGUGGGAGGGAGCAGCCACCUUAAGCAGGUGUGAUGGGGACAGGGCAGGGGGGUCCAGCUUCUUCCAGCUUCAGCAGCACUGGAGCUGCAUGUUCAACAGCACCUGCGGAUAGUCCUCUUGGGGUCAAGGGAGCACCUUGGUGAGCGAGGGUCCAAAGUGGUGAUUCCCCAUCCAAGUGACACUUGCAGUGUCCCGCACCUUUCUUACAAGUGCAUGGUAGUCACCUGGAUCCUGCCUUCUCCAUGUAAUGUGCCAGAUGUGGUUGUGAAGAAACUAGAUGGUGUGGUACAUGACGGUAUCAGGCCCACGUCCCUUAAAGGAUGGGAAGUAGGUAGAGCUCUCCCUUCUCUAAACUUAGUGUUUGGGUUUCUUUCUAGGUCAGGCUUUCUGGUAGUCUGUAUGGGGACUCUGUUAUUGACUGUGGCCUUUGCAGUGUUUAAU